AUGACUGCGGACGACCAGGGGAGAGAAGGACUGCACACUAUCCCGAUGGAAGGAGAUGACAUCACGGCGAAGAAGGACGGAGGGGUGCUGAAGCUGGUGAAAAGAGAAGGCACCGGUCAAGAGCUACCCAUGAUCGGGGAUAAAGUCUCUGUACAUUAUGUGGGCACCCUUCUGGAUGGCACGCACUUCGACUCCAGCAGAGACAGAGAGAAGUUCUGUUUUGAUUUGGGAAAAGGUCAGGUGAUAAGAGCGUGGGAUAUCGGUGUGGCAACUAUGAAAGUGGGUGAGGUGUGUCAGCUCAUCUGUAAGCCUGAAUAUGCGUACGGCUCAGCUGGGAGCCCACCCAAGAUCCCCCCAAAUGCAACCCUGGUGUUUGAGAUCGAGCUCUUUGAUUUCCAUGGAGAAGAUGUAAGCACAGAUGAAGAUGGGGGAAUCAUCCGUCGUAUUAUCACUAAAGGACAGGGGUACUCCAAACCCAAUGAAGGAGCAGCGGUGGAAGUGACUGUAGAAGGCAUGUUGGAGGGACAUGUAUUUUAUGAAAGAGAGCUGAAGUUUGAAGUGGGAGACGGGGACAGCUUCGACUUGCCCACUGGAGUCGAAAAAGCAAUCAUGGCAAUGGAGCAAGGAGAGGAGGCCCGCUUCACUAUUAAACCAAAAUAUGGCUUUGGAACUACAGGAAAUGAGAAGCUCGGUAUUCCUGGUGGAGCAACGUUGGAAUACAAAAUUAAGCUAACAGCCUUUGAGAAGGCUAAAGAGUCGUGGGAGAUGAACACCUUGGAGAAACUGGAACAGAGCGCCAUUGUGAAGGAAAAGGGAACGCAAUAUUUCAAGGAGGGCAAAUACAAGCAAGCUUCAGUGCAGUACAAAAGAAUAGUGUCGUGGCUGGAAAAUGAGUCGGCUUUACAGGAGGAGGAUGAGAAGGUGGCCAAAGCUCUGCGUCUGGCUGCACAUCUCAACUUGGCCAUGUGCUAUCUAAAGAUUCAGGAGCCCGGCCCGGCACUGGAGAACUGUGACAAGGCUAUGAACCUGGACUCCACAAAUGAGAAAGCAUUGUUCAGGAGAGGAGAGGCACUGUUUGCCAUGAAGGAGUUUGACAAAGCCAAGGAUGACUUCCAGAAGGUCAUUCAGCUGUAUCCUUCCAACAAGGCCGCCAAGAGCCAGGUGGCUCUGUGUCAAAAGAGCAUGAAGGAGCAGCAUGAAAAGGACAAGCGCAUCUACGCCAACAUGUUUCAGAAGUUUGCAGAGAGGGAUUCAAAGAAAGAUAAUAAGAGCGACCUCAAAAAGAGCGGCGAUGAGUCCAUGGACGUGGAGAACGGCGAAACUGAAGCCGCAGAGUAG